AUGUGGGAUUGUUGCGUCGGCAGGACGGUUCAGUUGAGUAUUAAUGCGAUGCAAAGUGAUACGGACGCUGACUUUGGAUUAGACUUGGUUUCAUAUGAAAGGGUCCGUCGGAGGGAUUGUGUUGUGUUCAAUCAACGAAACGAUGAUGAUGAGCCAAUUAGCGCGAUUCUUCUUGUUGGAAAUCCAACUGCAAUAAGCUACGUGCCAAACGUUGAAACGUCUGAUAAGGUGCGAGAUGAGCAAUUCUUCUCCGUUCAUUAUAUGCCAGUUGAUGCAAGUGAAGAACGCUGCAAGGAUAACGAAAUAAAAGCACAUAAAAUAAAACGUCUGCGAGCAUAUUUUGAGGCAUCAAAUGAGAAAGAAAUGACCUCUCAAGAGAACGGCUCAGUAAUGUCAGAGAAUAAAAUAUCUUCGAAUGAUACCUGCAAUGCUGAUAAAGUGUUAAAUGCGGACAGCAGCAUUACGGCGUUGCAUUGCAUCCCGAGUAAGACUGUUCUUUUCGAAGUCAUCAAUGCCAGAAAUAUGAAACGCCUUUUCACAACAAUGUCGUUCAUUAAUCCAACUAAUGUACGGCGAGCUGUGCGAGUGCACUGCCCUCUUGAUCCAAAAUUUCAUAGGUCUCAUAUUGAGACAUUCACAGUAGACCCUCGAACCCAAUAUGAUCUUACUAUGUGUUUCCUGCCAUCUCAAGAUUUUCUUAAACAAGCAAAAAUAAAUAAGCCGUACAUAGCGAUAACACACAUUAAAGCACCUGAUUUGAGUAAAGACGCAAAGCAAGUAUGGGAUGAAUAUAACAAACAAAAUGAUGCUCACUGCUCCAUCAAAAAGAUUCCAAUCGACUAUGAUGAAUCUGCAAUAGACGCCUUGUUGAAUGAAUCAGAAUUUGAUAGAAGGUAUACGGUAACUCCGUCCGAUUCUGACUCUUCUAUCGGAUCUCAUGACACGUCGCUUUCAGUAGAGCGCUUUCAAACAGUUCCAAAUGCACUGAAAUCGAAUGAGGAACAUCAGAAUGAAGACGACGAGAAAGUUGUGAGGAAAAGGGAGGAGGAAAUGAUCGGAGUGAGUGCUUUCGAAAGGAGUUCGCCGGAUACUGCGAAUGAGUCCGUGGACAGGCGUAGUGAUGAAAACAAUAAUGGUGAUCGAGAAGGCGAAGAGUCUGGUUCAACCAAAUGA